CGCUGUCGAACGCUGGAACGGAUUAUGUUACGGCCAUUGAUUAUAUAACAGAAUUUGAAGACAUCCUAAUAACCGAUGGAGCUACAAAACCCACUGAAUGGUCUGCAAACCCGACUGAGAUUACAGAUACAACGUCGUCAACAAACGCGGAGACUUCUACGUUAGGUACAUCGACUUUUCAGUCCACACAUACAACAGCUACUGAUAUCCCUACUGAUCUGACAAAUGACCAAACUACAAGCCCCUCAGAAAGCAUGAAAACAGUAGCGUCGACCGGAACUGAAGGUGCAACGGGAACAUCCUUCCUACAGUCAAUCUUUACUACAUCUUCAGAUACAAAAACUAAUCUUAUCACUGAACAAUCUACUAACCCAUCUGAAAUCACAAAUACCUUGUCCUCAAUCAGAAUGGAAGUUUUAACUGGUAAAUCGACUGAGCAGUCGACCAUCAAGACAUCUUCUGGUAAUCCAACAAAUCUAAUGACUGAACAAUCUACACAUCCUACUGCAAUCACAGAAUCAUUAUCAACCGGAACGAAAUUUCUAACCGAUACAUCGACGUUACAUUCAACCCCCUUUUCAGCAUCUACUGACCAUGUGACCGAUGCAACAACUCAGCAACCUCCUUUUCUAACUGACACGACUUCGACAUCAAAGAUAACUGAGAUAUCUUCACCUGGAAACACACAAAUGGAAACAGACUCCACACAAACACCACCAUCCUACACAGAUCCCGGGACUGAGGAGUCUAAGACCACCGCUGAAACAGGGAAGACCGAGUCAUCUACAACCAUGGAAAUUGUUACGUGGACAACCAAAGGACAAUCAACUGCAUCACAUACGGAGCAUGCAACCACAACGACCAACAUGUUGACCACGCAGCGACAGACCGAGCCCAGGGAAACAACGGUGAAAUCGACAACGAUCCCUGCAGGUUGCAUAUUGCCAGCGGAUCUCGAUCCUGAUAUUUACCCGAGCGUCGAGAAGGACCGUUACGACGUAUCAGACUUCAUCCUUCUUUACUGUCCGCCACCUCCUUAUGUCCAUCAUGGAGAGGUUUUCUCCCAAUGUACCGAGGCAGGAUGGUCACCAGAUAUAUCUGGCAAUGCGUGUUACGCUCCCUGCUCAUCCGCAGCCGUACCAUCCUAUCUAACCCAUAGUGAUGAAUCGUCUGGGGAGAACAAAAACCAGUAUGACCAUGGAACCACCAUAGCUUUUACCUGUACUACCUCAUGGAAGGUCUUGAGCGCUUCGCCUAGCCCCAUGUGUGUCGAUGGAGUGUGGGAUGGCCUGGAUUAUCCGACGUGCGAAGGAUUUCGGUGA